AUGGGCAAAGGCAGAGGUCCAGAUUGUUGCGGCGCCUGCUCGUGCGGCAUUUGCUGUGCCGUGUUUAUCCUGCUCGCCGGCGUCGUGACGUGGGCCUGCGUUUGGGGGAUCGAAUAUAAUCCAAACGUAAACGUCAAAACGCUCGAUGUGGACCUGCGAGAGAUCAGGGUGAACAUCUAUAAUCGCAAUCUCUACGCCACCGAGUUCUCCGAAUUCGACUUGAGACUCGAAGCCAAGGCCGGGAACAAAAUCAGAAUCGGCGGGAACUACAAGACGAGCAGCUCGAUCAACGUGAAGCCGCAAACCGGUAAACGGCGGGACCUGCACCGCGAGGGCGACGCGCUGUCGAUGCAACUCGACCCCGACGACUACGCCAAGCUCAUGGAGAAGUGCGCCGAGAAGGGCCGCCUCAAGGUCAAAAUGAAGGGCCACCUCAAACAGCGCCGCGCGCAGAGCGGCGAGGCGAAAAAGAAGACGAGGGUGAUCAGCCAGUGGGAGAACGUGGACUGUGGCGAGGUAUUCUACACGGGCUCAGGCUGUACGACUUGCCUCGAGGGUUCGCCUUCUCCAACAGGCCCGUGCCAACAGUCGAACGGCCUGUGUUGGGCGCUCGACGGCGAGGUUUGCCCGACGGGGACGACGCUCUGCUAA